GGGGGGGCGGACAAGAUGGCGGCGCGCGUGUCGGCCGCGCCGUACAAAAUGGCGGCGCCCUGGGCGGAAGGGGCGGGGCUUCGCGGCGUGGCGACGGCGGCCGCCCCCUUCCGGUCGCGUGAGCGCGCGCGCGCUGGCGGCGUCACUUCCGCCGGAGGCCAUGUCGGCGCGCAGGAUCAUGCGGAUCGGCAGGGCUUCGCCCCCAGCACGGCCGGGUUCGGGCCCCUGCGCGACCUCCCCGACUGGUCCUUCGUGGACGGUCGCCCGGCGCCGCUGUGGAAGGGGCAGCUCCGGCGGCUGCAGGAGAACGAGGCUUUGGCUCGCCGCGCCGUGAAGCUGAGCCAGGUGCUGGAGGCGGCCGCCAGCCGGGGGGAGCCGGGGGGGGCCGCAGCCCCCCGCCUGCGCCCCAAGGGCUCCCAGUGCCGACCAGUACGGACCAGCGCGGACCAGUGACCAGCCCGGCGCCCCCUCGGGGGGGGGCCCCGCAGGCCGACGUCCUCAUAAAAACCACGUGUUUUCAACCCAAAA